GCCAGCGUGGAAUUAGGAUCGUAAACACAAAUUCAAUUCGGAAAAACCUGGAAUCUUCUUCUUCUUCUUCUUCUUCCUACCUUCUUCGACUUCCCAUCAUUACAGAGACUUUCUCGCUUCUAUUUUUAGCAGCCCAGGCUUUUCUACUGCUAUCCUCCUCCCUCCUUCUCUGCUGCGUCCCAAUCAAUUUUCAAGGUUUGCGAUUUUGAAGUUUUCUGGGUGCAGGGAUGGCAAGUGGUUUUGGGGAAUCAACGAGCGUGCCGCCCCAAACCCAGUCUUGCUCGGGGAAUAAUGCCAAUGACGCAGGGGAUUUCGAGUGCAACAUCUGCUUCGAAUUGGCGCAAGAUCCGAUCAUAACUCUUUGUGGUCAUCUCUUCUGCUGGCCUUGUCUCUACAGAUGGCUCCACCAUCACUCACAUUGCCAAGAAUGCCCGGUGUGCAAGGCCCUUGUACAGGAAGACAAGUUGGUUCCUCUUUAUGGCAGGGGCAAGACACAGACUGAUCCAAGAUCAAAAUCGUAUCCGGGUAUCAAUAUUCCUAAUCGCCCUGCUGGGCAGAGGCCUGAGACUGCUCCUCCCCCGGAGAACAAUCAGUUUCCCAAUUACAGCUUUGGGUUUAUGGGAGGAUUUAUGCCAACGGCAACUGCCAGGAUUGGCAACUUCACUUUGGCCACUGCAUUUGGUGGUCUGAUACCCUCAUUGCUUAAUAUUCAUUAUCAUGGGUUUCCAGAUGCUACUGUAUAUGGAACAACUUCUGGUUUUCCUUACGGGUUCAGCAGUUCAUUUCAUGGGGGCCAUGCUCAUGGGUUCCCUCAGCCAGCAACUCAAAGGCAGCAGGUUGAUAAUGUGUUGAAGAAUCUGUUUUUGUUGAUUGGUGUAUUUGUGAUUGCUGCGCUGAUUUUUUGUUAGUCCAAGACUGAACUUUGAAAUCAGCAUGGUUGUUUAGUGUUGCUGCUCUUAUAUCUGUAUAUACAUUAGCUGUAUUCCUGCUUGAGAAUGUUCGGCGGUUAGACUCUUGGUCAGUUCUGUUACCUUUCAAAAACAUCUGCAAUGGACAUAAAUUUCUUAAUAAAUGGCUUGCAUUUGUGAAUA